CUUUCUGUUUUUAAGGUUCAGUUAGGACUUUGAGUCAUUUCAGAACAUUGACUGCACAUAAACUCAGUGACUUUCUUGCACCGGUUUGGAUCAUUAAACGGCAAACAUUGCUUUCAGCGGGGAAUCAAACUCUAGUAGUGGGACCACACGAGCUGAAACACCAGGUUAGAAACCCGAGUAUAAGUGUUGUAAAUUGCCACAUCGUCAUCUUUCACUCAUUUCAUCCUCACCACGUCCGUCCACUCAUCAUCGCUUCAACGCAUUGUAACAGCCAUCUUAACUAUACGAGCAGAUCGCGGCGAAGUAAUAAUGGACUGCGCUGUGGAAUUCCCGAAGAAGAACGUGCAGUUAUACGGAUAUACUUCACCCAACAUCGCAUGUACUACAGUGGCGGACGAGAGCUAUAGUAGGCUCCUGAACACCCCGCUUAGUGAGCCUGAUGCGGAGAUAGUCGAGAAUCUAAUCCGCGACUUCUCCGAACCACAAACGCACUUUUCAUACUCGAUCGGCUCGUCCGAGUCAGGCAUGAGCGAAGGUUUAGGGUUUGGUUACGCCUCCCUAACCCCCCCUUCCGCACACCAGAGCUCGGAGGUUCCGUACCAAAUGAGUCAAGAUUACCCAUCACCCGCCGAACUGGUGUGCACAGCAGCAGAUGCAAUCACCUACGAAGAGCCUUGUUCGUCAUGGGUUUCGUCUUGCAACGAACCGAGCUAUUCACCUCAAACUUCAAAUGAAUGCUUCGUCACUCAAGACGAGUCAGCGAUAAACAGACUUCGAGACAUUUACUCUUCGGACCGACAAGGCCAGAACCAGCAAACAUUCGAUCAGUUGCACCAACUUUGCACAGACAGCGACUUAGGUGCAAUAAACUACGCGCAUGGCUUUGAGGGCACAAGCUCCGGUGUAUGCCUGGAUACAUCGACUCAAUUUUCCGGUCCGCAGUUCCCACAAAAUUACCCAGUAAAAUAUGAAGCACACGUACAGUUCGAACAUUAUCCAACCUACGUGGAAACAUUUUCUCAGAACCCACCGUUGGAUACUUCAGCAUGUAAUGCAACCUGGGCAGCUCCAACUGAAACAUUUUGCCCUUUUACAAGACGCCAGCCUACUUUUAUUGACAAUCGACCAGCCACUCGGCCGCCGACAGAGAUGUCUCAUCGCGCUCCACUUGCUCGCCAGUGGUCGCACGAGAGUCUAGGAGUUGCUCGUUAUCGACAAGUUUCCCCGACACCUCAAUCGUUAUCCCACCCCUCUAUUCCCGACUCAAUAACGCCAGGGAUUAGCAGUUGGAAUUCACCAACCGCUGGUUAUUCGGGUUCAUUUACUCAAUUUCCGACCGAGAAACCGUUGAAUUGUACCAUACCAACCCCAAGCUUUCAACAAGAACAGACGUCUCGUUAUACCAGCGCUACUUCUUCACGUGGAAAACGAGCAAAGGUGUUUUACCAGAGCAACGUCGCCCGAACAUCACGAGGCUCUCCCUCGCUGGCGCAGGUUCAGCCACAAGUACAUACACACCCUUCCGUUUCCCAGGGAACCUACGGCGGCUUCGGGGAAGGAAGUUGUGCGGUUUGUGGUGACAAGGCACGUUGGCAACAUUAUGGGGUCCUUGCUUGCGAGGGUUGCAAAGGAUUUUUUAAGCGAUCCGUGCAAAAAGAUGCGAGGUACGUGUGCCUGGGGAACAGCAACUGCCCGAUUGAUAAAAAGACAAGAACCCACUGCCCAUAUUGUCGUUAUCAGAAAUGCCUCAGAGUGGGAAUGAUUAAAAACGUGGUCAGAACCGACCCGCACCAAAGCAGACGAAAAGCGGCGAAAACCAAACUCGUCAGCACACCGAGUCACCAUUGUUCAAACCCAAGACCCAUCGCUUCCACCGGAUCCCAACAUGAACGAGUGCCUGAUGCUCACACCCGACCUCUAGCGGUCACCCAACCAAUCUCCGUGACCACUACACCCCCCGUUUUACCCACCUACCAACUAGCACCGUCUACCAGCGAACUGCAAGCUGAUACUAUGCAAUCGAUAUAUGACACUUACAUGCGACCCAACUUCAAUAACUCUGAUGAUGCUGCCAAGUGAAGUUUAAACCACAGUGAAAUCCGCGGAGCUAGCAGCACUGGACUUGCCAUUGAGAUUUUUCCCACCCCUACGCGGCCCAAAUGGAAUCCCAACCCCGCCAAACUAAGCUACUCGCCGCCGAAGUGAAAGCUGUAAUAUCUUUGACCCAAAAUAUCUUUGACCCGUCGUCUCAUCGGCUGGAAAUCAGCGGUAUCCCGUCCUUGGCACCGUGAACCGGUCCGGAUGUAAUUUGGCACCACUUUUCUUCCCGUAUCUCACGAACGAGACUGCUGUGCUGUCGCGGUCCAGCUGAUCCAACAUUCUAUAAAUAAAGGCUCCUUUUGACCACGUUUAGUGGGCUGAACCCGCGGGACUUGAACUCUUGAUUUAGUAGAGAUUACCGUCGUUAAAAGCGGCACGUUUUUUACCCUUAGACCCAUCAUCAAGCGAGCCGGAGUUAGAAACUCUAGUUUUUGUUACACUUGUUAUUUCACUCAUAUCGUAUUCCAUCGACUGCCAAUCGUUGUUUUCGUGCCGCACAUCUCCGGACCGACAAUCUCCCGUCUAUUAUCCUAAAAAUUGCCACGCAGGUUAAACCAUAAUCAUAUAGUUGUCGCCGACUUGCGAAACGGCUUUGUGGUCUCGGCCUUUCACCGCAAUUUACUUACAUUCGCCAACUAACUGGUAAUUUUCCAGUUAGUCGGGUUAUAACACAAACCACUCUGUUUUUUACACCCAAGCUCUCACCAUAUAGCUAGCAGACAACCGCGCGUUUACCACUGCCUAAUUUUUGCACAGCUUGCAGUAUUAAGGGCGCUUAAUAGCCCAUCUCGUUCAGCAUUCCGAGCCAAGUUUCUCCAAUCUUUUUUAUCACGAGUUUCGCCACCCUGGAUUGCGUUUGUUUUGUUCGUUGCGUUUCACUAUCAAUGUCGAUGUACAUCGUCUUUUAUAUAAAACGUGCUCAAAUUUUUAGACAAGAAUACAUUUACCGGAGAGGGAAAACAA